GGCCAAAUGUGUAAAGAAUUCUUGGAGCCCAAUGGCGGCUGUGAACAUCUUCUAGGGCUCAGUCCGAUUGGACACCGAGUCUCUCGCUUCUAUCUCCCACAAAAAUCACAGAGACUUGAAGCUGUGCUAUCUCUCUCUCUCUCUCUGAGCGACCAUGCUUUCAGGGGACAUACCGCCUAACCAAACAAUAUACAUUAAGAACCUCAACGAGAAAAUCAAAAAAGAAGAAUUGAAGAGGUCCCUGUAUUGCUUAUUCUCGCAAUAUGGAAAGAUUUUGGAUGUUGUAGCUUUGAAGACACCCAAGCUUCGUGGGCAAGCAUGGGUUGCAUUUCUAGAAGUGACUUCUGCCAGUAAUGCUGUGCGUCAGAUGCAAAACUUCCCAUUUUAUGAUAAACCCAUGCGGAUUCAAUAUGCAAAAACAAAGUCAGAUUGCAUAGCUGAUGCAGAUGGAAGCUUAGGUCCAAAAGAAAAGAAAAAGAAGCAGGAUGAUAAAGCUGAAAGAAAGAAGCGAGGUGAUGAAGGGCAGCAAUCUGCUACGGAAAAUGGUGCAACUGCCGAAAAUGGAGGCAGAACACAGGCCUCAUCUCGGCAAGGCAACCCAAAUGCACAUGAAGCAGCAGCUCCAAACAGCAUUCUGUUCAUUGAGAAUUUGCCCCAUGAAACCACUAGUGCUAUGCUGGAAUUGCUGUUCAAACAAUACCCAGGAUUUAGGGAAGUCCGGUUGAUUGAAGCAAAGCCAGGCAUCGCCUUUGUAGAGUUUGAAGAUGACAUUCACUCAUCAAUGGCCAUGACUGCCCUUCAAGGCUUCAGAAUCACCCCUCAAAACUCCAUGGCCAUCUCUUUUGCCAAGAAGUAACCGAAAUAAACUCACCUUCCUAUCUUUUGUAGUCAAGUGUUGUUUUGUUUCUUUCGUUGUGUUGCGGAUAUGUAAUAGUAAAAGCAUAUAAUCUUACUGUACUCUUGUUGAUCCUCAAGAAACUGAAUGCAGAAUCAAUUUAUCA